GCGGCAGCAGCAGCGGCGACGGCGGCUCCAAGAUGGCGCAGACGAUCUUCGAGGCCCUGGAGGGGAUGGACAAUCAGACCGUCCUGGCCGUCCAGUCAUUACUGGAUGGCCAAGGAGCAGUCCCUGAUCCCACAGGCCAGAGCGUCAAUGCGCCCCCUGCCAUCCAGCCAUUGGAUGAUGAGGAUGUCUUUCUCUGUGGGAAGUGUAAGAAGCAGUUCAACUCACUGUCGGCGUUUAUGACCCACAAGCGGGAACAGUGCCAGGGGAGUGCCCCACCCCUGGCCACAGUCUCACUGGCCACCAAUAGCAUCUACACUCCUUCGGUGGCACCCGCAGCUGUCCAGCAGGCCCCGCCUCCAGCCAGUCGCCAGAUCUCCACCUACAUCACGGUGCCCCCGUCCCCGCUGAUCCAGACCCUGGUGCAGGGGAACAUCUUGGUGAGCGACGAGGUGCUGAUGUCGGCCAUGUCGGCCUUCACGUCCCUGGACCAGCCCAUGCCCCAGGGCCCCACGCCCGUGCAGAGCAGCCUGAACAUGCAUUCUGCGCCCGGCUACCUCACCCAGCCUCCACCACCUCCUCCACCCCCUCCACCACUGCCCCCACCCCCACCUCCCCAGGCACCCCCACCCCCACCCCAGAGCCUGGGCCCCCCUGGGCGUCCCAACCCUGGUGGGACUGGUGUGGUGGAGGUGUACAGCAGCACUGCGCCCCUGGCUGGGAGUGGAACGGUGGAGAUCCAGGCACUGGGGUUGCACCCCUACCCGUCCCUGGAGGUGCCAAACCAGUGUGUGGAGGCUCCAGUGUACCCCACUCCCCCAGUGUACAGCCCGGGCAAACAGGGAUUCAAACCUAAAGGACCAAACCCCACUGCCCCCAUGACCAGCGCUACUGGGGGCACAGUGGCCACCUUUGACUCCCCGUCAACGCUGAAGACCCGACGGGCCAAAGGUGGCAGUGGACUUCCAGAAGCUGCAGGGAAGCCAAAGGCUCAGAAACUCAAGUGCUCAUACUGUGACAAGUUGUUCACCAAAAACUUCGACCUGCAGCAGCACAUCCGAAGCCACACAGGUGAGAAGCCUUUCCAGUGCAUUGCCUGUGGCCGGGCCUUUGCCCAGAAGUCUAACGUCAAGAAACACAUGCAGACCCACAAGGUGUGGCCUCCGGGGCGCAGCGGUGGCACUGUCUCUCGGAAUUCUGUGACCGUGCAGGUUAUGGCUCUGAACCCCAGCAGGCAGGAAGAUGAGGAAAGUACAGGGUUGGGCCAGACCCUGGCAAGUGCCCCGCAGCCCCAGGCCUUGCCCAUGGCAGAUGAGGAUGAGGGGGACAAGCUGGAGACGAAGCAGGUAGUCUUCAUCGAUAGCUCCUACCUGUGCCAGUUCUGUCCCAGCAAGUUCAGCACCUACUUCCAGCUCAAGUCCCACAUGACCCAGCAUAAGAACGAGCAGGUGUACAAGUGUGUGGUCAAAAGCUGCGCCCAGACGUUCCCAAAGCUCGACACGUUUCUGGAGCACAUCAAGAGCCACCAGGAGGAGCUGAGCUAUCGCUGCCAUCUCUGUGGCAAGGACUUCCCCUCGCUGUACGACUUGGGGGUGCACCAGUACUCCCACAGCCUCCUGCCGCAGCACAGCCCCAAGAAGGACAGUGCCGUCUACAAGUGUGUCAAAUGCGUCAACAAAUACUCCACCCCUGAGGCCCUGGAGCACCACCUGCAGACCGCCACCCACAACUUUCCCUGCCCGCACUGCCAAAAGGUGUUUCCUUGUGAACGCUACCUGCGGCGUCACCUGCCCACCCAUGGCAGUGGGGGAAGGUUUAAGUGCCAGGUGUGUAAGAAGUUCUUCCGGCGGGAGCACUACCUCAAGCUGCAUGCUCACAUCCACUCAGGUGAAAAGCCCUACAAAUGCUCCGUGUGCGAGUCUGCAUUCAAUCGCAAGGACAAACUGAAGAGACACAUGUUGAUCCAUGAGCCAUUCAAGAAAUACAAAUGCCCCUUCUUGACACACACAGGCUGCAGUAAGGAGUUCAACCGGCCGGACAAACUGAAGGCUCACAUCCUCUCCCAUUCUGGCAUGAAGCUCCACAAGUGUGCCCUGUGCAGCAAGGCCUUCAGCCGCCGUGCCCACCUUGCUGAGCACCAGCGUGCUCACACGGGCAACUACAAGUUCCGCUGUGCUGGCUGUGCCAAGGGCUUUUCCCGCCACAAAUACCUCAAGGAUCACCGCUGCCGCCUCGGCCCCCCUAAGGACAAGGACCUGCAAGCCCGGCGGCCCCCCCGGAGGAGGGCAGCCUCCCACAGCAGCAGCAGUGGCGGGCACAAGGUGAUGAUGCCUCUGCCUGACCCGCUGGGGCUGCAGGAGCUGAAGGACACAGGGGCUGGAGCGGUGCCCGAGGCCGCCCCUGGCAAGCCAUCCUUUGCCGAGCCAGAUGCUGUGCUGUCUAUUGUGGUGGGUGGCACAGUGGGCGGGGAGCCUGAGCUGGUGGUGCCCGGGCAUGCAGAGGGGCUGGGCUCCAAUCUGGCUCUGGCAGAACUGCAGGCAGGGGCUGAGGGCCCGUGUGCCAUGCUCACCGUGCCCGUCUACAUCCAGGCCUCGGAGUGAUGGACCCAUAGUGUUUGCUCAUGCUUGAGUCAGGGCCUCUUGGGGACAGCCUAGAGAUCCUUCCCAAUGGAAACAAGCUGUCUGUGGAAAUCCUUUUGGAGCAUCAUUUCUAAGCUCUGGCCUGUGGUUGCCCUCCUGUGUCCAUCCCCCCUUCUGCUGGAAAGCCUUGCAGGAUUCUGGGAUCUGAAAUUCUAUAGCUCCCGGGCAGGGAGAGAUGGCAAGAGAGAUGGCCGGAGCCUGAGCAGCUCAGGGUCUGGCUGGUCCUGGCAGAGGUCCUUCUCCUUCUCUCCUAAGAGAACACAGGGCAGGCCUCCCAACCACACUGCAGCUGCCUCAGGGCGACCUCUUAUCAGACUACAUUUUGGGAGGCUUGAAAUGGUCUGAGCCUUUUCUCCUGGACCUUUUCUCAUACGGCUCCUUGUAGCAGCCUGAAGACAACUCUGUGAUGUAGACAUUUAGGAGGCACUCGAGUGUCGUGGUUAGAGGGCAGGUAUCAGCCAGAUCUGGCUUCAGAUCCAAGUGUUACCACUCAUUCGCAUUGAACAAGUCACUUCACCUCUUUGAGCCCCGUGUUCUUCAUCUGUACAAUGGGGCUAAUAAUAGUACUACCUCAUAGGGUUGUCAUGGGGAUCCAGGAUGAUGAAAAAGGGCUCACUAUGGUACCCAACACUCCGAAAGUGCUCAAUAAAUGUUUUUGUCACAAUUGUGUGUCUGAAUGGCUCAGGUCCGAGCCUUGGGAGAUUCUUUCUCAGCCUCUAGGUGGCAGCACUUCUCCCCCUCAAGGUGCUGGGGGUUGAGGGGUCCCAUGUGUCUCCCACACAUCUGAUUCUUCUGCCUUGGCUGCCCCUUGUUAGACAUGA